UUACCGCAGUGUGUGGUGUGCGUUUGUUGUCAUUGGUUGUUUGCGGUUUGAUUGUGGUGGGGGCGUUGUUAUGAGUUAUCAGUGUGACUUUUCGAUAACGUCAGUGCAACGCUAGCCUCAGUGAAACGUCAAGAUGUGGAGAUGUGCGACUGUUUUGUUCUGUAUUCACGUUGCAAGCUGUCUUGUGUUUUAUCAACCAGAGCAGAUACACCUUUCAUAUGGAGAUGUCCCCAACACAAUCGUCGUUACGUGGAGCACUUUAAAUAACACUGGCAAAUCUGUUGUCGAGUAUGGCAUAGGUGGCCUCAUUUUAGAAGCAAAGGGAACAUCGAAGAUUUUUCAGAGUGCUGGCAGUUUGGAGAGAAUACAGUACAUCCAUGGAGUUGUACUAGCGAAUCUCACAUGGGACAGUAUAUACGUGUAUCACUGUGGGAACCCAGACUACGGAUGGUCGGAACUAUUCAGGUUCCGAGUCCCACCCGACCCGGAAGGCCCGGUGCAGUGGGUGCCUUCCCUCGCAGUGUUUGGUGACAUGGGUAACGAGAACGCUGUGUCGCUUCCAUUUCUGCAGGAGGAGGUGCAGAGGGGAAUGUACGAUGCCAUCAUCCAUGUCGGUGACUUUGCGUAUGACAUGAAUACGGAAAAUGGGACAGUUGGUGACGAAUUUAUGAAUCAGAUACAGCCUGUCGCUGCAUACGUUCCGUACAUGACUUGCCCCGGAAACCACGAAGAGGCGAACAACUUUAGUGAAUACCGUGCACGCUUCUCAAUGCCAGGAGAGACGGAGGGACUUUUCUACAGUUUCAACAUGGGGCCUGUCCACUUUGUCUCCAUAUCGACAGAAGUUUACUAUUUCCUGGAGUAUGGCUUGAAAGUUCUGGCAAAUCAGUUUGAAUGGCUGCUGAAUGAUUUGAAGGAAGCUAAUCGUCCAGAGAAUCGUGCUGUGCGCCCGUGGAUAGUUGUCUACGGCCACCGUCCCAUGUACUGCUCCAACAACAACACUGAUGACUGCACAUUUUAUGGAACAUUAACACGCAUUGGUCUUCCCGUAGUCAAAUGGUUUGGUCUAGAGGAAGUUUUCUGCCAAUACGGUGUGGACCUGCUGAUUUGGGCUCACGAGCAUUCAUAUGAGCGUCUGUGGCCCAUCUACAACUACGUGGUACGCAAUGGCAGCUACGAAGCUCCUUACAGGAACCCGCGUGCUCCUGUCCAUGUAACAACCGGAUCGGCAGGCUGUGAGGAGCUGCACGACAACUUCACAGAGGAGGCACCAUCCUGGUCGGCCUUCCGCUCUAAGGACUACGGCUACAUGCGGAUGAAGAUUUUCAAUUCCAGCCACCUCUAUAUGGAACAAAUAUCAAUAGACCUGGAAGGAGCAGUUAUUGACCACCUGUGGUUGGUCAGAGAUGAGCAUGGUCCAUUUGAAUGCUCAGGAUAAAAUUCCUGGCUGUGAAUAAUACAUUCCACCCAUUGAAAUUUGUGCAUAUCUAUUCCAGUAAUAUCUUGAUUGUUCACAGUGACAAUAUUUAUCAACAUUUUUGUUGCCGUAACAUCUCAAUAGUUUUAUAGGGUAUUUUGAAACUUGUUGCAUUGUCUUGGUGCUAUUAAAGGUGAAAGCAAUACCCGGUAUAUUUUUCUAGUAUUUUUAUCAUGGUUGAACACUUUUAGCUUACAUUUGAAAAUUCUCUGAAAAUUAGUCUGACAUUUAUGGCACUACUGUCAUUCACAUCUAUGGUAGAUGGUAUAUAUUAUUUUACAUGGGUGUCUGUAAUAUACAAGUAACCUAGUAAAAUUACACUGCUGAAAGUGUGAAAUUUCUAAUAUCUGUUCUCUGUAUGUAAUAUGGAUUCAUGUUUUCUAUAUUGAGUGUAUUGUAUACAUUCCAGUUCUUAAGGCUUUUUUGUGAUGGUACUUAAACUAUGUAUGAUGUUUGCAAAUUUAAGGACUGUGGUGUAGGCAGUAUAUAUGGAGGGCAGGUACUGUAGAAUACCCCAGAAAAUGCUUUAAGGACUGUAGUGUUUUCCCAUAACUCCUGCCAGAAAAUAGAAACUGAAAGUUCAUUGUUAUCUGUGAACCAAUAAGAACUGUGAUCAUUUUGUUGUGUUCUGUUCUGUUAUUAAACAGGCAUGUUCUCAGUAUUGUUGUAUCUGUAGCCUUGUUAAUAGUGAUCCACUAUUGUUGUUACUUUUUGUGGUCAGAGUAUAUUUUGUGUAUAUGUUGUCCAGUAAAGUGUAUUAUUAAAUAA